AGUUUUGGGUCACUGGACUGACACGUUUAUGAGUACCUGUCUGAGUGUUUAUAUAAAGCGUUGUACCCUAUACUUAUACUUGUAUCAGUGUUGGUGCAUCCCUUAUUUUCACUCCUGAUUCCUGACAGAAUAACCAAUACAAGAUGGAUGGGUGGUUAAAAUACCAGACCAGGUUUGGGUAGCAGUCAAACCUUGGAUUAUUUUAGCCAAGACCACACUAACCAAGACCAAGUCAUUACUGAGAUGAGAGUGUGCACAGGAUCAGAUCAAGAUUAAAGAACAAGGACAGGUCAAGACUAAGACUAGUGAACCUAAACUCAAAAUCCAAUAUGGCUGUUCAGGGACUUGGCUACAGAGUUUAAUAUUUGUUAUAAUGUAUUUAACAUAUCAGAUAUAUUAGCUGGACUUGGAUUGAUUUUGUUAGAUUUUGAUACUAUAUAUAUAUAUAACAUGGAAUACUCGUAUUUCGGGAAGCUAUCGUAUCUAGGGUGUCCACUGUAAUUCCGAAAAUCCGAUAAUGAAAUGUACAGUAAUGUGACCCAUUUAGCCUGUGGCUAAAUUCAUUUCUAGCUUGUUUUAACACAUCAUAUCACCUACUUCUUUACAGCCAAUAAAUGCACAUGGUGAGACACGACACAACGUGUGAGGAUGUACAACCUAGCUAACACUGACGUGUGACAAACAUCAGUAUGAUGAUUGCACCGCAGGUUACAGGGGUAGAACCAAAAUUCUUUUCAGAAUUAUGUUUAUUCAGAUGAAAUCAGAAUGGAAAAAAAUCACAAUGUGGUUUGAAAAUAUAUUAUAAAACAAAAAAAAACAGGAAGAAGUCUCUUCCUGUCAUUACCACUACUGUCUAAAGGUCGUUACGACAACACACUCUCAUUGUAGUUUACAACCGUCACACAGUCCCAGCAGAGACAGGACAAGGACAAGCAGCAAGAUGAAGCACCUGUUGCUUUUGGUGUUGGCUUUUGUUGCAAUACACGUCGACUCCUCAAGGAUUCCAGAAUUAUGUCAACUGCCUGAAGAUGCUGGUGAGGGCCAAAGCUUCAUCUUUGCGUUCCAUUAUAACGCGGCCCAAGAUCAGUGCAAUCCCUUCGUAUUCAAAGGAAAUGGAGGCAACGCCAAUCGUUUUGUAAAUGAAAUAGAAUGCAUUAGAAACUGUUCUGUCAAUGCUGAGAAUAUCUACCCCAUGGAUGCGGUAAAGGCUUGCCAUUUUAAAAAGGCCAUCGGUGGUUGCGGACUUCAGUUGAUGAGGUACUACUAUGAUUCGGUUCACGACAAAUGCAAAAAAUUCAUUUAUUCCGGUUGCAUCGGCAAUGGAAACCGAUUUUUCGACCAUGAAAGCUGCAACGCCACAUGCGCCGGCAUCCACGAUGAUGGUGAUGAACCUGAGGAGGAUGAACCAGACACACCAAUUGCAAUCAUCUGUGGCGUUUUGCUGGCUGUUAUCGUCCUCAGUAUCAUCAUACCUGUGAUCGUUUUGACUGUUAAGUCAAAGAAAAAGGGGUCAAAGAAGAAGACGCCGAAGGAAAGGAAUGCUCAGCAAGAUCCCCCUCUUUCAGGAAUAGAAAUGCAAUAGACAAUUGUAUCACCUCAACAUUUUUACUAGCUUGGAUUUGUCCUUAAACAUUUGUUGCCAACACAUCAAUUAUGAUUUUUUUUCCCAUUUACCUACAAUUUUGUAUAUUUUAUGGACUUAGAGUUCAUCAGCUAGAAGUGAUUAAAUCCAAUCUGGAAAAUCUUAACUACAUAUGCAAAGUGGUAUUCUUUCAUUUUUAUUUUUAAACUUUUCAUAUUUCUUUAACUUUUCCCAUAAAGUCAAUAUGUUUGUGUGUGAGUGUUGUUGUUUUAAUUUUAAUCAGAUUAGGGGUUUAAAAUGAAUCAGCAAAAGGCUCUUUGAUUAGACAUCUUUAAGAUUGUAGUGAAAGAAACAUUGUUGUUUAGAAAAACAUCUUACGUAACAGAUCAGUAUUUUUUUUCCCAAUGACUUGACUUUGUUUCUUGUAGUUAGAAAGACUGAAUUAAAUUCUGACUCUCCUUGUUGGCUUGAAAUGUGCAAAAUGUAAUAUGAUGUUCAUGUAAUUGUUCUCUAAACUGUUGUGUCACCACCAGGCUCAUAGUUGUAUCAGGGACUGUAAUUUUUUUACAUUGAAAACCAAGCAAAUAAAUCUGGAACAGUGUUUUCCAUUUUUUUACAUGGGACCUACUGACUAUUUGUGUGUGUGUGUGUGUGGAAUACAUCUAUAUA